GAGCGGCAGCCGCGGCGGGCAACUUCCCCCUCAAGUCCGUCCGGUUGGCGGAGGCGGCGGGGAGGAGGAGGACUAUGCGACCCGGCUGAGCGCGGCCCGAGAGGGGCGGGCGGGGGUGAGGACCGAGCGGCGCUAGCCGCCCUAGCUAGGAGUCGCCCGCCUUCAAGCUCCCCCCCUCCGCCCUCCCCCCGGGGUCCGGGGCGGGAGCCGGCGCGGCCGUCCCAUGUCCCGCAAGGCCAGCGACAAUGUGGAGUACACGCUGCGGAGCUUGAGCAACCUGAUGGGGGAGAAGCGGCGGAGGCAGGCGGACGGGGCCGCCGGCUCGGGAGCGGCGGCGGGAGAGCGGAGCCUCAUCGCCGCCGAGUCGUGCUCCAGCCUCAACAGCGCGGCGUCGGGCGGCGAGCUGGAGCGGGCGGCCCGGCGGCAGUUCCAGCAAGACGAGACCCCCGGCUUCGUCUACGUGGUGUCGGUCUUCUCCGCCCUGGGGGGGUUCCUCUUCGGCUACGACACCGGCGUGGUGUCGGGGGCCCUGCUCCUCCUCAAGAAGGAGCUCAACCUGGACGCCCUCUGGCAGGAGCUGCUGGUCUCCGGCACGGUGGGGGCCGCCGCCCUCUCCGCCCUGGCCGGCGGCGUCCUCAACGGGCUGUGCGGCCGGCGGCCCUGCAUCCUGCUGGCCAGCGGCCUCUUCACGGCGGGGGCCGGCGUCCUGGCCGCCGCCCGCGACAAGGAGACCCUGCUGGGGGGACGCGUGGUGGUGGGGCUGGGCAUCGGUGUAGCGUCUAUGACUGUGCCAGUGUACAUCGCAGAAGUUGCUCCUCCACACUUAAGAGGCAGAUUAGUCACCAUUAACACUCUGUUCAUCACUGGGGGGCAGUUUUUUGCAAGUGUCGUCGAUGGACUCUUCAGCUACCUCGCGAAGGACGGAUGGAGGUACAUGCUGGGCCUGUCAGCUGUUCCGGCAGUGAUACAGUUUCUUGGAUUCCUGUUUCUUCCCGAAAGUCCCCGCUGGCUCAUUCAGAAAGGCCAGACUCAGAGAGCGCGGAGAAUUCUGUCUCAAAUGAGGGGCAACCAGGCAAUCGAUGAGGAGUACGACAGUAUCAAAAACAACAUUGAAGAAGAAGAAAAAGAAGUUGGAGCAGCUGGACCUGUGAUCUGCAGAAUGCUAACAUACCCUCCAACUCGAAGAGCCUUAAUUGUGGGUUGUGGUCUGCAGAUGUUUCAACAACUGUCAGGGAUUAACACCGUCAUGUACUACAGUGCUACCAUUUUGCAGAUGUCAGGAGUUGCAGACGACAGGCUCGCAAUCUGGCUGGCUGCACUCACAGCAUUUAUAAACUUCAUUUUUACUCUCGUGGGAGUCUGGCUCGUUGAAAGAAUGGGUCGCCGGAAACUUACACUUGGUAGCUUAGCAGGUACUGCUGUAGCACUCAUUAUCCUAGCUUCGGGAUUUUUGCUAUCAGCUCAGGUCUCGCCAAGAAUCACACUUAAUCCACCAGAUCCUUCACAUCAAAACUCUACCUGCACAAAAUACAGUUAUUGUAAUGGAUGUAUGUUAGAUCCAGACUGUGGUCUCUGCUACAAAUUGAAUAAAUCAAGUGUUGUUGAGUCCUCGUGCAUUCCUGUUGAUAAAGAUUCCACAAUGAAAGCAGCGUGGGGCAGGUGUUCAAACGAAACAGUAUUCAAAAAGGAAGAUUUGUUCUGGGCAUACAAUUUCUGCCCCACUCCAUACUCUUGGACAGCACUUCUGGGCCUUAUUUUAUACUUGGUUUUCUUUGCACCUGGGAUGGGUCCUAUGCCCUGGACUGUCAAUUCUGAAAUUUACCCACUUUGGGCUAGAAGUACAGGAAACGCGUGUUCCUCUGGAGUCAACUGGGUUUUCAACGUGCUGGUGUCACUGACAUUUCUGCAUACGGCCGAAUAUCUGACGUACUAUGGAGCCUUCUUCCUCUACGCCGGGUUUGCUGCCUUGGGACUGGUUUUCAUCUACGGCUGCCUUCCCGAGACUAAAGGGAAAAAACUAGAGGAAAUUGAAUCUUUGUUUGAAAACAGGCUAUGUACAUGUGGUAUGUCAGAUUCUGAUGAAGGGAGGUAUAUCGAGUAUAUUCGGGUGAAGGGAAGUAAUUACCAUCUUUCUGACAAUGAUGCUUCUGAUGUGGAAUAAUUUUCAGCUGCUGAUGUAUUUAAUCAUUUAAAAGCCUUCUGGGGGAAAAGCAGCUCUCUGAUGACCUCACUGCCCUGCUUCUGGUCUGGUUCUCCUUUCUACUGUCUAGCUAAAAAUGCCUUCACAUUCAAAAAUGCUCCACUGGGGAGGAAAAUUGGUAUGCUAGUGUUUUCUUGAUAACUAAAAGCAAUGGCUUCCAAACAAGAUUGAAUUCCAUGAUUAUGUGAAUUCACCAGGUGUGCAUGACACUGCACCGUCCCAGGGUGUACAGUAGGGUGUCCUGUACCAGAUGGAUACAGAAGGCUAUCCUAGAUGGUCAGUGGUUGUCCUUACCUUCAAUACUGACAAAAAAUGAAAUAAUAGAGUAGCUAAUCGGAAAGCAGCCAACAUCUGUCAGAUCCCCAUCCCAUAGCAGCCUAGGAAAUAGCUCUGCUGUGCAGUACAACGAAUGACGAAUGCAUAAGCUGCUGUAACGGCAGCCAUUUAAAAGGUUUAACCGAUUAGGAAAAUAGAAAUAUCCGCCAUAUCUAUCAGAGGGAACAUUUUCCCAAAUUUGCCCUAAGAGAAUUUCCAUUUUUAUUUAUUUGAGAUGAGUGAGAGAGCCAUAGUCACCUGGGUGGAGGGUCGCUAGGGUGGCGUACGUCUGUGUUACAGUGGGUUGUCUACCCAACUGCUGCUCUCGAGCACACACUACAGUCAAGAGUUGGUGUUUGUGAGAAAACUGCCAAAAUUAGCUACCCAACAAUGGGAAAGCAGAACUAAGUAUGUGGCCACACGUACAAAUGAACCAGUAUAUAUUGUUAGCUACAGUGUAGAGGCUUCAGUUAGCUGGGAAAAAAUAUUUUUGUUUACUUUUUUUGCUUUUGAAUGUUAGGGUUUGUGCCUACUUUUGAAUACAAAAUAUCAUUAGCUAAAGGAAAGAAAAGGAGGGGAGAGGUCUUGUGCUGCGAAAUGCACAGUGGUCAUCCCUCCUGCGCCUUUUGCUUCUGAAUAAUCAUGUUGCCUUCAGUUUGUCUUCGUAUGUGCAGAGCACAUGAACCCCAGCACGUUUUUCCUUCAAAUGCCCUUAGUCAACCAGUGUCUUUCUGGAUCUAAAGAGAAAUAUUAGCAAUGGGCAGACGCCUACAUCUCAUUAAUUGCCUUACCGAAGCAUUGCAAAACUGUCAAGAAAAUGUCAGGCACAAAAAUCAACUUGGCUGCCUUUAGCCUGGUAAUGAAAAUAUGAAUGCUAUUUUAUUCACCUGCUAUGAUUGCUUGCCUUGGCAAAUUGAAUUUUAUGCAGCUACAUAAAAAUAUUAAGUUAUUUUUUUCCUUGCCCUGUCCUCACUGCUUUAUGUCUUCAGAGAUAGGAGUUUGAAAGCAUCAACAAUUCAAAUUCUUAUCUUUGAAACAUUUGCUUCAUGAAAGAAUGUGGAAAACCUCCUCUGCCUGUGGGCUGCCCCCCAUUUAAUUGGUAAAAGUACAUUUAUUUUUCAUUGUGUAAAGAUUAAAGUUUUAUAGAUUUGCUUUGUGGGCCUUUUUGGGUUGAACAAUAUUUUGAAUGUAGGAUUAGUAUCAAAACUGAGACUGGACAUUUGUUACUAAAUUAUUUUUAUUUGAUAACAUGGGGUUUUGUUGUAAAGAAGCCUGCCAUUAUGUUAUCUGCCAUUAUGCUGAUCUUCUGGGGGGGAAUUCUUAAUCUCCAAUUAUUGAACUUCAGCGAUUGGGUAUAUUUUGCAUUGUUUUCUUUUUUACUUCAUUAAUCAAAGAAACAUUUUUGGAAAGAAAA